GUCUGAGGAACAUUUACUCCAGCGGCCUUUACUACGAAGCGGGGUAACUGGUUUAUUCAGGUGUGGAGGAUGAGCUCGGGCAAUGGGACCAGGAGGAAAGUUGGCAAGUUGCAGCAUUUCAGCAACAUGGUGGUGUUUGACCCUGAAACAAUGACUGAGAUUCAAGGUCUUUUUAGUAAAGUUAGAACCUAUGUGAAACCGUCCAAUGGGGAGUGGUGCAUCCCCGACCCAAAUGCUGCUCUCAGACACCCUGCAGAGGAACACUGCCGGCUGCAGGCCCUGAAGACGUCGCUGAAUGCUGUAAAGAACCAGCUCAGCGACAAGAAUGUCCAGGUCUGGCAUCAGCACACAAACUCCACCAAUCGAGCCGGGAAGGUGAUCGCCGCCGUGCGUUCUGCUGCCAACGCGGAGAUCUGCACUCAGGCCUGGUGCAAGUUCUUUGAGAUCCUGGGAACCUUCAGUCUUCUUCCAGAGGAGGCCCUUCAAAAUGGAGAGCUGAACACGGUCCACCUGUGCGAAGCUCCAGGGGCUUUUAUAACCGCUCUGAACCACUACAUCAACACUAACGAGUCCACGCGCUACUGUGACUGGAGCUGGGCUGCCAACACUCUCAACCCGUACCAUGAGGCGAACGGUGGGAGCACAACGAUCGCAGAUGAUCGGUUAAUCGCUAACACACUGCCCUGGUGGUUCUUCGGCUCGGAUAACACAGGCAACAUCAUGAUCCAGAAGCAUUUGCUGGAGCUGCAGGUGUUUGUGUCUAACAUGCGUAGAGUUGAUUUGGUGACGGCAGAUGGUAGUUUUGACUGCCAGGAGAACCCAGACGAGCAGGAGGCGCUGGUGGCAUCGCUGCAUUACUGUGAGGUCACAGCUGCCCUGCUGCUCUUAAGCCCCGGUGGCUCCUUUGUACUGAAAAUGUUCACGCUGUAUGAACACUCCUCCAUCUGCCUUCUCUACCUGCUCAACUGCUGUUUCCGCUCCGUCAACGUCUUCAAACCUGCCACCAGCAAGUCGGGCAACUCUGAGGUUUAUGUCGUGUGUCUGAACUAUGAUGGCAAGGAAGCUGUGAGGCCUCUGCUCUCAAAACUGAUUCGUAACUACGGACCAAAUCUGGCAGACCGGGAGGCGCUUUUCCCAUACUCCCUAGUCCCAGAGUCGUUCUUUAAACAACACGAAGAGGUGUGCUUGUACUUCCACGCGCUGCAGGUGGAGACAAUCACAGAAAACCUGCGACUGUCUGAAGGAAUGACCACCGAGCAGAGGCAGCGGCUUGACUACAUCAGGGACUGUACGGCUCAGGAAUACCUGCAGCGCUUCCAGGUGAGCUUCCUUCCCCGGAGUCGAUGGAUCUCUCGUAACACGGUGAAUCCCGCCUGCUGUAGUGUCUCAGCGGGCCGACCUCUGGGACAGAAGAAGCAAACAGGCUCGUUCAAUGAACGGAGGGAAUUGCAGACACUGAGCUGGAGGGAGCGCAUAGAGAGGGGUUGCCAUGCCACCUGGAUACAGAGACACUGCACUGAGUCUGCUGGGACAGGCUGCGUGCUGGAAGGACCCCUGUCCGAGUGUCACGUGGCUUCAUGGUACGUUAUUGCGGGGGCUGCACUGCCUGCAGUCAGAAACUCUCCGUUCUGUGAAGGAGGAUUGUUAAACCAUUUGAAUGAAGCCCUGAUGGACACAGCAGUGGACUGGACUUGCGUACCUACCUGUGACUCUUGCUAUGUGGUUACUGCGGCCUCCAUCUUGUCUGACGUUGCACGUCUUUCUGUUUUCAUAGCUGACAGUGCUGGGAACAAAAAGAGGCAGUGUCUGGUGUUUGGCAGCCGAUCAGUGUGGGGUGCCUGUGAAAGCCAACUUGGGGAUUUAGUCUUAACAUUUUCUGCAGAGCCUUUAUUUCCUCAAAGAGGUUGCAUCACGCUGCACGACGGGGAGCCACUGUACCAGCAGCAGCUCUUAGGUUGUGCUGUAUUUUCCCUGCAGACCCUGAACUCUGGGGAUGCCCUGCUGCUACCUGUGUUUUCUGCCCUCACCCGUGUCACUGCAGCUGUUGUGUUCUGCCUGCAUGUUUGUUUUCGCUCAGUCACGUUCAGGUGUCCGCCUCCCUCAGGCGUAGUUGGGUACUCUGUGCUUUUGUGUGUUGGUUUCUGCCCUGAAGCUGCUGCACGAAUACUCCCUGUUCUCACGGAUGUCCAUAACGACAUGGGUCAGUUGUUAAAAGGAGAGGAGGUUUUGGGUAAAAAUCUGGCGUCUGGAUGUGACAGACAGGUGCUACAGUUUGUUCCCAUGGAGGAACUGCUCACAGGAGGACUUACUGAGUUCCUGUGGACCAUGAACUCUGAAAUCAUCCAACAGAAGCUGCAUUCGCUCAUGCAGUCAUAGUGCAGUUUAGUGAGCUGUGACUCUGGGGUGCAUACUGUUGCUUUAGUCACUGAAUAAUUUUUGUCUGCUGUUAUUUAAAAGAUUACGCCAUUUAGGUUUGCACUCCUGUAACAAUGUUGGACUCUUUGGACAACUUUAAAGAAAGGAUCUAAAUUGAUGCAACAGAUAUCUUAUUUAUUCCACACAUUCUACUUCCUUGUAAAAACCUGUGACCUACAUUACCCACAAUGAUUGCAGUGCGUUAUUUUUGUACCAGCUAAAGUGGCCUUGAGUCAGUGACUCAAGUGGCAUCACAUGAGGACAUUUAUCGGAUUUCACACAGCUCCCUCCGGAGACACAAGUCUUUAUACACCUUUCUUCACCGGUGUUCACACCUGUGAACAGACUGUUGUGUAAAAUCAGUGGAGUCAAAUGACGACCCUCCCCAGCAGCAAGAAUUAUAAAUUGUUAUUAAACUAUUGGUAGUAUUAUACAUAGUACAUUGUGUUUUCAGUGCUUUUUUAUUUAUUAAGGAUCCUUCAGUUGGUGUAAUUAUGUACUGGAUACAGUAUCUAAGCGAUGCUUUUGGGACUUACUGUAAUGAUGUUGAAGUUAAAGUAACUUUUGAGGGAUGGUGUCAUGUUGGCAAAGGUUUACAGGACACUUGUACACCUUUUAGAUUAUCACGCUACCGCAAAUUUGACUGUCACCGUAUAAACGUUAGAGAGAGUGGUAAAACAGAAUUAGAGGCAUGGCUGAUAAUAUUGCCAUUUUAUCAUAUCAGAUAUAUCUAUCAGUUUAUAUGUUAGAAGAAGUAAGAAACGGCCAAUUGACCUGGACUAUAUGAGAUAGAUGUGUGUCAUAGUCUAUUUUUGAGGCCUUCCACCAUUUGUUUAUAUGCAUUUAUACUUGAUUCUUGUUCUAAGUUUAUCCCAUCGUAUGUGGCGAGAGGAAAUACGACUAAUUCAAAUUAAGAUACAGAUUAGAGGCCGACCGAUACUGGAAUUUUGAGGCAGAUGCUGAGAGUAAAAAAAAAAAAAACAUUAACAUUAUUUUGUUAUAGAUAUGCAUU